AUGCCUCAUUGGCAUCGCGGGGACUCGAGUCCUAGCGCACAAGUUUCACAGGUCGAGCAAGAGAAUCGCGACGAGCUCAGUGCGCUGACUCUGUUGUACCAAGAUCAGAGUGAACUGCAUCUGACCCUCGCAGAGCGGGUGAUUAUCAAAGAAGCUUACCAGCUUGCUAUUCGGGGCGAUCUUGUUGGCGCUCGAAGGCAUCUGGACAUGCAUCACUUGGUUCCCUCGAGCUUGUUCAGAGCGCUUUCGGACGAGAACAUGAUCAAGCGUAUCUUCACGACCGAUUCCCAAGAACCUUUCGAAGGCGUGGAUUUCGACCACAUGUCGCCACUCAUGAAAAGCGUCUUCCGACAACAAGUUCAAGAUUUCCAAUCCAAACUGCGGGCCGAUCACCAUCGAAACAAGGGAUCCAUCCUUGCCAACGACAGAUACGAGGCACCAGAGCCUCGAGCAUUUACGCCUCUCCAAAAACUCACCGCCCAUUACAGCAUCCCCAAACAUUCGGAUCUCGUCCAACAUCGACCUGAAGGGACGGUCAUCUUCUAUGGAUUGAACGGUGCAGGCACCAAAAGGCUGCGUCUCGGCACUACACCCAAUGUUGCCGACACCUUGUCCUCGGUACGUCUCUCCGGAGGGAGGUUGCUCGCGGAUCGGGCGACUUGGAAGAAAAUGGGUAUGAGAAUGCUUUUCGCCCAAUCCCCAAAGGUGGCGUAUGGCAUCGUAGAGUCGAGCAUCUUCAAGGGCUUCUUUCCGUGGCUGCCAGAAGCAGAUGCUGAGAAGCUGCGCGACGGUACGGUGGCAAUGAUCGAGGUGCAGAAGGAGGAGUUUGGUUAUUCCUACAAGCUGUUUUCAGUGUUCGAUACGACCUUAUUCCGAGGGCUGCUUGCUGAGGUCGAACACGUUGGGGCAAGGAUCGCACGGUGA